UUUGCUCGGGUUUUUGCCAGGAGCCCUAGAAAGAAGAGCGCGAGGCGCGAGCGAUGGUUUCCGGCCCCGUCGUGAAUGUCUACCCGCUGUCGAGCUAUACGUUUGGCAGCAAGGAGGUGAAGAUGGAGAAGGACACGUCGGUGUCGGAUCGGCUCGCGCGGAUGAAAACCAACUAUAUGAAGGAGGGAAUGCGAACGAGCGUGGAGGGAAUUUUGCUGGUCCAAGAACACAACCAUCCACACUUGCUGCUCCUGCAAAUCGGGAAUACGUUUUUCAAGCUUCCCGGAGGAAGACUCAAGACUGGAGAAAACGAGGUGGAAGGAUUGAAGAGGAAGCUCACGAGCAAGCUUGCUCCAACGGCGGCUUCGAUCCAGCCCGACUGGCAGAUUGGAGAGUGCGCGGCGAUUUGGUGGAGACCAAACUUUGAGACGCUGCUAUAUCCUUACUGCCCUCCUCACAUCACCAAACCAAAGGAGUGUAAGAAGCUCUUCGUGGUUCUCCUCCCCGAAAAACAAUACUUCGCUGUUCCAAAGAAUCUCAAGCUAUUGGCAGUUCCAUUGUUUGAGCUCUACGACAAUGUACAGAGAUAUGGCCCAGUGAUCUCCGCCAUCCCCCAGCAGCUUUCAAGGUUCACCUUCAAUGCCAUUAACGGCUGAACUCCACCAAACUGGGUGAAUUUUUUCUUCUUUUUUCUCCGUUUUGUAAAACUAUUAACUUACUAUAUGAGUGGCUCUUUUUGUC